UUAUACAUUGCGGCAGUCCUGGAAGAUGCGACGACUCCUCAAUUUUUGAAAAAUCAUCGCUAAAGCGCGAGUUGCAAAGUUGUGCACUUCUUGAUGAAUUGAGCUUGCAGUAUGGAUCCACAAAAAUACCAGUCCAUAUUAUAGGGGACUCUGCUUUUCGUCUCUCUCAGCAUUUAAUGAAGCCAUAUCCGCAUAGGGUGACCAACACACCCGAACAAAAAAAAUACAACUAUAGGUUGUCUAAGUGCCGGCGUGUUGUGGAAAAUGCUUUUGGCCAUUUAAAAGCCCGAUUUAGGAGAAUUAGAAAAGGCGUGGAUAACUACAUCAAAAAUGUAAACACAGUUAUUUCAUGUGCAUGUGUUUUACAUAAUUUUUUGAUUGCUGAGAAGGAUUUAAUUUUGGAAAAUUGGCUAGUGGAAAUGCAUCGCGAUUCCAGGUACAAUAUUCAAUACGGCACCAAUGCAGUUGACCGAUCUGAAGGAGAAUCGAUAAGAAAUGCGUUAAAGGAAUAUUUCAGUGCGGAAGCUUCGUUCAGUGCUGGAGACGAUGGUGGCGAAAAUGAAAAUGAAGCAGACGGAGCAGCUGAAAGUGAGGAGCAUGAAGGGGAAUCCGACGAUAUUGGCGAAAGUGAUGGAGCUGGCGAAGCAACCGAAUCAGGCAUGCCUACAUAUAUAAAUAGAAAUUAACAUUAUAAAAUUAGAUAUAAAUACAAAUAAAAUUACAUAUAAAAAUAAAAAAAAAUACCUGUUAUACUAUCCACAACGACCGCAUCAACAUUAUUUAUUCUAUCGCUUCCUAUUAUCUGGUGAACCCUCUGGUAGUGCUUCCAAGAAACAGGAGAACAUCCUGUCCCUUGCUCUGCUUUGCAUUUUCUGCAAAGGAAAUUUUGAGGCUUUAACAAAAUUACUUUAAUGAAAUAAUAUAUUAUAUGCCUUACCUAUAUUUCAUUGUGAAAUUGUGAAUUUUGUAUUUAAUGUCAAUUGGACGGAUCUCAUGUCCAAGAACUCCCAGCGACUGAGCCAUCUCCGCAUAUAUACAGUGGGUGCCACUCAAAAUGGCCCACAUGUAAAAAGUUUACAAAACGUGGUAUAAUUCCAAAAACUUACAUUUUCUUUUUCAACUUUUUUAUUUUUCUUAAACUAUAAAUAAUAGCCAACAAAAAAACGUAAACAUAUUUCAUUAAUAAAAUAAAGUUUUCAAAAUUUACGAGAAAGGAACAAAACACAUGAAAAAUGACGCGCCACUCAAAAUGACCCACUCAUUUAAAUUUAGUUAUAUACAUAAAAAAAAUCAUAAAUUUCCUUAAAACUAGUAUUUUGUCGGAUAACCUUUUUGAUUUAUUACCGAUUUCAACCUAUUAGGGAUGGAUUCCACCAAUUUUUUUUGUAAAGUCUGGAGAUAUUUUCUCCCACUCCUCCAUUAGGGCAGUCUUGAGGUCGUUUAUAUUUGAUAUUGCUCGCUUCCGAAUUUCAACUUCCAAUUUUUGCCAUAAAUUCUCUAUUAUAUUUAAAUCUGGAGACUGUGGAGGUGUUUUCAAGACUUUAGGGCAAUUAUACAAUAACCAUUCUUUGACGAUGUGGGCGGAAUGCUUUGGGUCGUUAUCUUGAUACAAGUGAAAUGUAUUCUCUAUUCGCAGCUUUUGUGCACUUUCUUUUAGAUUUUCUCGCAAAAUUUGCAAAUAUUGAAAUUUAUCCAUAUUACCCUGCACGAAGCACAAAUUUCCAACACCUGAAGCCGAACAAGCAGCCCACACCAUCACGUUCCCACCACCAUGUUUUACUGUAGGUCGAAGAUGUUUUGGAUCCAGCUCUUCAUUCGGUUUUCGCCAUACGUUUACCCUCCCGUCUGAUCCGAAUAAGUUGAAUUUGGAUUCGUCAACAAAAAUUACGUUUUUCCAGAAUUCGAAAUCUUUCAUGUAGUAGGUGUGAGCGUAUUCCAAACGAUUUUUCCUAUUUUUUUUCACUUACAAAUGGUUUUUUCCGGGCAAUUCUUCCAUGUAAACCAGCUCUAUGAAGAACCCUUCUGACGGUUGUUGCACUGCAUUUUAUAUUAAAUGCUUCUGCUAACAUAUCUCGAAGAAUUGGAGCACUUAAUCGUGGAUUUACUUUGACUUUUUGUAGAAUCCAACGCUCUUCACGUUCAGUCAGCACUUUCUUACCAGGAUGUUUUGGCUUGUUUGCGAUUCGUUUUUCGUCAUUAUAACGUUUUAUUAUAUUUUUUAUAGUACUGUGUGACCUAUUAACCAUAACAGCUACUUCUCUUUGGCUUUUACCACUUUUAUAAUGCUGUAUUAUCAAAUUUCGUAUUUCUAUUGUGGUUUGAGGAGCCAUUUUAGGAAAAUACGCAAAAUCUCACACUCUUAACUUCGCAUGCGCAACUAAUAAGUCGAUCACAUGAACAAUGUAUUCAAAGCAACUAAACAGACAAAAAUUUACAAACAGGUUUCGUGAAAUACCGUUAUAUGAGUUGCUUUAAAUGAGUGGGUCAUUUUGAGUGGCGCGUCAUUUUUCAUGUGUUUUGUUCCUUUCUCGUAAAUUUUGAAAACUUUAUUUUAUUAAUGAAAUAUGUUUACGUUUUUUUGUUGGCUAUUAUUUAUAGUUUAAGGAAAAUAAAAAAGUUGAAAAAGAAAAUGUAAGUUUUUGGAAUUAUACCACGUUUUGUAAACUUUUUACAUGUGGGCCAUUUUGAGUGGCACUCACUGUAUGUGAGUUCUUUCGUGGACCUCGCAAUUCAACUGCCUUCUUACCCCAUAUAUCCAGAAAUGCUUCGUCCGCAGAAGGAAGCCAAAUAGUUUUUGAUUUUUUAAUGUUUUCCAUUAAAAUCAAGAACUUUAAUUUUAUAUUUUGCGCGCACAAACGUUUACCACACGAAUUGUGCGAAAUUGCAAUCAUUGUUGCCAUGUUUCGAUAAGAAUGCAAUAAUAAAUGAGGAAAAUGAGCAACAUUGCCACCACUUAAUAAUUAAAUUAGAUGCAAACCCAACAAAACACACUUUGAAAAAUGGGUUUAGGUAUGGAGUUGUGUUUUAAUUUUGUAUGGGAUUUGACAGGUGUUUUGUUUGGUGUUUGCGCUAAGAACACGAUAGCGGCAGAGAACCCAAACUCUGGCUGCGGUGGAAACGUUAUAUUAGAUCGUAAAUAUGUGUGUUCGUGAUGCUACUAAGCGCCAUCCAAAUAAUCUACUUUUGUUUAGACUUGCAACAUAGUUGCAAUUGUUUUACUGUGUUCUCUUAUGUUUUGCAUACUUGAGUGUUGACACCAGUAUGUUUGUUUAUCUGUCAUACUUCACGUCAUUCAUAUAUGCAAUGAACGGAUUUCACUUAAGCAUAUACAUACAUAUGUAUAUUUAUAUUUCUAACUCUAAAGUGCUGAGUGGCAUUCCUAAGGUUCAUUUUACAAUCAUAAAUUUCUAUUAAAAUAUGAUUGUUUUCUUUUUCAUAACUUUAUGCUCAUUUUACAAUCAUAACUUUAUGUGUGGGAGCGGGGCCAUUCCACAUAACUCCCCCACCGUUAGAGUUAGAACUCUCCUGGGUUCUUUCAUUUACAAGUACAUUUUGUUUGGGGUAAGUUUCCAUUAACAUAAUUCCCCCUUCAUUAUAAUUUCUUUUAUUUACAAUUUUUACUUUUAUAUUCUUCCUUUUCCAACAUACAAAUAUUAUAAUCAAUAAGAGGAAUACACAUAUUGCUAUUGUUACAUUCAUACCAUAUGAAACAUUUUUAUGGUAUUUUAAUUCUUUAACCCUUUGCACUCGAAGUUUUUUUUGAGUCAUAUUACCAGCAACUCGACGCCAUUCACAUGUAAGUUCAUGAUAUACGCAUUGAAAGAAAAGUCAUCGUUGUAUGUUAUUAUUUUUUUAAUUGUUUAUGGAUACAAAUGUUAGGAUAUAUAAAAAAAAUUAUAAAAUUAUUACAUUUUGUAAUCUUCCAAAGUGUGAUACCUCUCGAAGCAAUUGCCAAUAUGUAAUCUUGGCUUCUCUAGACAGGUAUCACAAAAAUAAUGGGUCUGCCGUCUUUCGCCUGGAAUUUUUCUAUUCGAACACACUACACAAUCUUUCUUGGUUCCAGAACGUAUAAUAUGUAGGUGGUUGUUGAGUCUGGCCUCCGUAUUUGGUGUGUAACUGUAUUCUCGAGAUGUGCUGUUUUGUCGGAAAUUCCCAAUCAAUUGGUCCACCAACAAUUUUACAAACUUCAAGUGUGUCAUUGGUUUUUCAUUAUUUAUUUUUUUAACAGAAGUGUACAAUAUAUAUGCAUUUACUGUACACAUUUCCAUCCCCCAAAAAAAUAGUUUUCUCCACCAUUUCAGGGAUUUUCUCAGAAAACAAUAUGUUGCAGCAUAUUGGUCGGCCCGAUCUACUCCACGCAUAUUUUUUGUGUAAUCGAUAACAAUUUUAGGUUUUUGUAUUCUGACCAAUUCACCACCACGUACUCUUCUAUCAACCGAUGUCAAACCCGCUUCAUUACGAGUACUUAACAAAGUGACAAUCCUUUUGUCCUUCCAUGCGAGAACUAGGGUUUUGCCUUUUCUGUAAGCCACUGUUUUCCUGUCUCUUACAAAUUGCGGUUUUUUUAUUGUCGUUGGUAAAUAUUUCCUAUUUGUUUUGAUUGUGCCGGUGAGGAAACAAUUCAUUUUUAGCAGUUCUUCAGCAAGGGGUAUGCUUGUAUAAUACCUGUCGGUAUACAUAUGAUAACCUUUAGCAUUAGGAACAUUGUCCAAUAGUUUUCUGUACAGGUCUAAAGGAAUUCUGGAACUGACAGGCAGAUCAGGUCUUAUGAGAUUUUCAGAAGUAAUACUGCCGUAAUAAGGCAAAACCGAAUAAACAUAACCGGUAGUUGAGUCGGCCAGAACGUAAAUUCUAAUUCCCCAUUUAGUGGGUUUAGCUGGAUUAUAUGUCAUAAAACAUAUUUUCCCCUUAAAUUUUAUAACGGAUUCAUCAACGCAAAUCGACUGAUACGGUAUAAAUGUUCGGAAAAUUUUGAGUUGAUGUAUUGUAAAAAGUUAUUAGCUUUUUGAAUGCGAGUCCUUAAGCACGUAUUUCUGCCUACUGGUGCAUUUUUGUGUAAAUGAAGCAUCCAAAAUAUUUGCUGGAAUCUAUCUCGGGUAAAUACGUCUGAAAAGAAUGGAAUUUUACUGGUGAACUUGGUACACCAAUAUUCCUGGAGAUUUGCAACCGACAUGGUUCCCAUAUUCAAGAUCACUCCGAUGAAGGCCAGAAAUUCUUUCCGAUUAACAUCACUCCAUGUGUUCCAUA